GUAACUUUCUGAUGUCAUUUAUGAGUGAGCAAAUCAUUUUUGAUUAUUUAAUGUCACAACUCCACAAAUGGCCGAAAGAAUAAUUCCAUCAAGUAACACUUUAGUGAAAUAUGAAAACCCUACGUUGGUAACCAAACAUGAAGAACGCAAAAAAGAAAAAGGUCGGGACGAAUCACCAACUAAGGGUAAAGCAGUAUCAGCUGGAACGGAUGCCAAAAGAGAAACGGAAGAGAUACUGAACACAAUUUUACCACCUUUAGAAUGGGAAGAAGACGGACAAAUGUGGAGGCAACAGGUUUCCACAAACCCUGCCACAAGAUUAGAAGUAGUCAAUUUACAAGAACAAUUAGAUAUGAGGUUACAGCAGAGACAGGCCAGAGAAACGGGCAUCUGUCCAGUUCGUAGGGAGCUAUACACCCAAUGCUUCGACGAAAUAAUUCGACAAGUGACGAUAAAUUGCGCCGAGAGAGGUCUCCUCCUGUUGCGGGUGAGGGACGAGAUGCGCAUGACCAUAGAGGCGUACCAAGCCCUCUAUUGCAGCAGCAUCGCAUUCGGCAUGCGCAAAGCGCUCCAAGCCGAACAGGGAAAAUCCGAUCUGGAGGCGCAGGUAGAGCAACUGAAAAACGAGAAACUGGAGCUGGAACACCAGAUCGUCGAGCUGAAACAGAGGGCGGAGCAGGCCGACAGACGGGCUGCCGAAACAAGGAUGGCCGAAGAGAGGAAACACACGGAGGAGAUAGCGUUCUUGAAGAAGACGAACAUGCAGUUGAAGACUCAACUGGAAGGAAUCAUAGCACCGAAGAAAUAAGAAGGAAUAAAACGAGAAGACGAUUGUAUUUAUAUAUUAAAAUUUAAGUCUCUCUCCAAAGCAUUUUUAUAUUGUCUGUUAUCGUAUAAAAUAAAUAGUAUAAACCACCUUAUAAUAUGAACAAUUUUAUAUAAAAUAUAAAUUUCUCGAUUAUAAAUGAAAAAGCUUUGGACCUUAUUAACUACAACUAAUUACAGAUUUAUUUAAAAAAUACAUGAAUUAUGUAAAUACUCUGUACAGGAAUACAAUGAUGAUAUUCAUCAUAAAAUUAUCAAUAAAA